CUCGUAACACGGCCGGCUAAAUGGACUGAAGCCAUAGCAUGACUUUAAUCCGGAGGCUACGCUGCUUUACCGGUGCUCGUCAAUUCCCAAUGCAGCGUGUUCAGUCAGAACAACGAGGUCCGUCGAGCAGAAGGAAGAUUUUUAUACCCGUUAAGCAACAUCGUUAGUGUACUCCUGGAGCAAAAAUGGUCGCCGCCAAGAAAGCUAAGAAGGGAGUCGAGAGCAUCAACUCGAGGCUGGCCCUGGUCAUGAAGUCUGGAAAGGUCCUCCUCGGAUAUAAGCAGUCCAUUAAAGCUCUACGAAAUGGAAAGGCCAAGCUUGUCAUCAUUGCCAACAACACUCCUCCCCUGCGAAAGUCAGAGAUCGAGUACUACGCCAUGUUGGCCAAGACUGGUGUUCAUCACUAUUCCGGUAACAAUAUCGAGUUGGGCACUGCUUGUGGAAAAUACUUUAGGGUGUGCACAUUGGCAAUUACCGAUCCAGGUGAUUCCGAUAUCAUUAGAUCCUCGGCUAUUGAUCAACCAGCGCAAUAAGUGUUUUACUUAAAAAGCAAAGGUUUAUAUCUUUAUGCCUAAUUGUUUCUUGUAUACCGACGAAUGUUAACUGUUAAGGAUAACUUUUAAAUAAACAGGAAGAAGAUCUAAAAGUUA